AUGGUAACGCGGCGGCCACCCAAUGCAGACAGAGACAGAAGACUCCUCCGCGAUUACCGCCUCUAUCCUCCACAGCCAGCCUCUGGCGAGAACUCGAUCGACCCCACCGUUCUUACAAGGAACGACCCAAGAUUGUUUGGCGAUUGGGAAGCUUUCACGCGCCAGGGAGGCUACCUGGUCGACGACGUUGAUAUCAGCGUCGACCCGAACCAGAACAACUUCGAAAAUGCGAUUGGACCGACUCUUUUGCCAGAUCUGAACUGGGGACCCCACAACAUAUACAACGAGGACGGCUCGUACAACGUGCAUCCUCCACAUGGAGCUUGCAGUGCUCCUCACAUGCUGGUUAGGACGAAGCCACCACAAAAUAUAACAGCGGCACCUGCCAGAGCGGCCGGACAAGAGUUUGGAUACCGAGACGCGCUUGUCGAAGUCGGACUUCUUGGCCAGCCUCAAUAUGCAGAAGCAGGCAGCGGUCCCGGUGCAGGUGCAGGUGCAGAAGAAGAACACAACAACGCUGAGGUUGACGACAUCCCUUGGGAUGAAUGGAUCAACUUCGACGGCACGGAGUAG